AUGGUCGCGUGGCUGGCCUCUGACGAGGCUCAACACGUUAACGGGCAAGUCUUCCACGUAACCGAGGGUCUGGUCAACCUGCUAAACCAGCCCGAGCCAGUGAAGACCAUCCAAAAGGAUGGCAAGUGGACCGUCGAGGAGAUCGCCCGGGUGUUUCCCGCAACCAUCGGCCUGGAGCUCUACAACCCGGCGCCCAGCCAGGUGCGGGAGUAG